AAACAAAAAAGCUCUCUGACACUGAACUCCUUGAGUUUGAAAGACUCAAAACUUUCCCGAGCGAGAUCGCAAAUCCAAUUUUCCACCAGAAACUUUGAGGUUCCCGGAUUCCGAUUCCUAUUCCAGAUUGGAAACAAAUGGCAACAGAGCGAGAGAGGCACGCUUCGAUGCCCUCAACCUCACCCGAAGACGAUGCACUGUUUCUGGAUAUAAUGCACGAGGCUCCGUUGUUCGGCCACCGGAAGUCGCGAAGCCUCUUCGGAAGUGUCUUCUACUUGAUCGUACUCGCCGCUUACGCUUCUGUCGCCGUUGCUUCGAUGUGGAUGUUCAAGCCUAUUCACGAAUAUAUAUCCCAAGUGCUUUGCAGCUGCAACGUUCUUCUUCUAGUUCUCACAGGCAUCUUUCAGCAGUAUUUGGUUUACCAGGUGCAGAAAAUACGGUUACAGGGUUAUUAUAGCUUCAGCCAGAAAUUGAAGCAUAUUGUUCGCCUACCUUUUGCAGCUACUGCAUAUGGAACUGCUGUGAUGUUACUGUUCAUGGUCUGGAAACCCCACAUCAAUUUCCUUUCUCUACCAUCAAUAUUGAGGGUUAUUAUGGUAGUCGAAGCAAUAUGUGCCGGAACUUUUAUUAGUCUAUAUAUUGGUUAUGUUCAUCAGUACAACUCAUUAAAUUCCCAGCCUGAUGUCUUAAAGUCAUUAUAUUCUCCUCUUCAACCUUCAAGUUCAUUGGAAGGUUUGAGGUAUCAUGAUGUUGGUCGACUCUCUGAUCAACAAAUGGCUUUAUUGCAAUAUCAACGUGAAAAUCUCCAUUUUUUGAGUGAAGAGAUCCUUCGAUUGCAAGAGUGCUUAAGUAAAUAUGAACGGUCCAGUGAUGGUAGCACACCUCAGGUUGAUCUUGCUCAUCUAUUGGCAGCACGUGAUCAGGAAUUACGGACACUUUCUGCUGAGAUGAAUCAACUGCAGUCGGAGCUACGGCUUGCUCGUUCUUUGAUAGCUGAGAGAGAUACUGAAAUCCAGCAAGUCCGAACAACCAACAAUCAGUACGUGGAGGAGAAUGAAAGAUUGAGAGCUAUUUUAGGAGAAUGGAGUACCCGAGCAGCAAAGCUUGAACGAGCAUUAGAAGCUGAGCGGAUGUCCAAUCUUGAACUACAAAAGAAGAUCCCAACUCUCAGAAACCAAUCGCAAUCGUCAGCUGAACGAACCAAGUAGACGUGGAUAUUUGUAAUUCUCAUUGUAUUCUUUUACUUUUUUAGUUUAGAAAACAAAACUUAGGAAAAAAAAUGGAAAAGAGGGAUUACACGUGUAAAUAACAUUUGUGAAGAGGAAGAGCUUUCAACUCAUUUUCAAAAAAGAAAGGCUUUGCACCCAAGAAAGUUUAAUUUAUGAAAUAGAACUUAA